CGGGCCCGGCACCGCCCCCGGCGGCUCCCACAGGGACGGGCCGGAGCGGCCGCCGCCGCCGCCGCGGGUGUCCGGGCUGAGUCAGCGCCCCCGCCCAAGAUGAACAUCAUGGAUUUCAAUGUGAAGAAGCUGGCGGCUGACGCGGGCACCUUCCUGAGCCGCGCCGUGCAGUUCACAGAAGAAAAGCUUGGACAGGCAGAGAAGACUGAACUGGAUGCUCAUCUGGAGAACCUUCUCAGCAAAGCAGAAUGCACUAAAUUAUGGACAGAAAAAAUAAUGAAGCAAACAGAAGUAUUAUUGCAGCCAAAUCCAAAUGCCAGAAUAGAAGAAUUUGUCUACGAGAAGCUGGACCGCAAAGCACCAAGUCGCAUGAAUAACCCAGAGUUACUAGGCCAGUAUAUGAUUGAUGCUGGGAAUGAAUUUGGUCCAGGAACAGCCUAUGGAAAUGCACUCAUUAAAUGUGGAGAAACACAAAAGCGAAUUGGGGCAGCAGACAGAGAACUCAUUCAAACUUCUGCUAUAAACUUUCUCACUCCACUAAGAAACUUCAUUGAAGGAGACUACAAAACUAUUACUAAAGAACGUAAACUGUUACAAAAUAAAAGACUGGAUUUGGAUGCUGCAAAAACCAGACUGAAGAAGGCAAAAGUUGCAGAAGCCAGAGCUGCACAACUAAACAUCUCUCAGCCUGAAGAGAAUAACAUUAUGGUAAAUGUCUCUUACAUGCUCAACUUGCUGCAUGUAAAAUGGCUAAAGAUAUGGGCUGAGGAAGUGACAAAAUCUGAACAGGAGGUGCGAAUUACUCAGAGUGAAUUUGACCGUCAAGCAGAGAUUACCAGACUGCUGCUGGAAGGAAUCAGUAGCACACAUGCACAUCAUCUCCGCUGUCUCAAUGACUUUGUGGAAGCUCAGAUGACCUAUUAUGCACAAUGUUACCAAUAUAUGUUGGAUCUCCAGAAACAACUUGGAAGCUUUCCAUCUACUUUCCUCUCUAACAACAAUCAGUCUUCCACAACUCCUGUGCAGAGUGUUUCUUCUCCCUCAGUCUUGGCCUCAGCCUCUGCUUCACUGCCUUCAGUAAGCAAUUCAAUGGUUACUUCAGGCCUCAGUGAACUGAAGUCAUCAAGUGGCAGCAGAAAAGCAAGAGUUCUCUAUGAUUAUGAUGCUGCAAACAGCAGUGAAUUGUCUCUACUUGCAGAUGAGGUGAUAACAGUGUACAGUAUCCCUGGCAUGGAUUCAGACUGGCUGAUGGGUGAAAGGGGAAGUCAGAAAGGCAAAGUGCCUAUUACAUAUUUAGAACUGCUAAACUAAAUGGCUGGCCUGAAUAGAGACUGUCGAUUAUGGCAACACCAUAUUUAUAUACAAUUAACGUUAUGUAAGCAGGUUUAUGUGUCUUCCAUGUUAUUGUCUGAGGGACAAAUACCAGCCAUUAAAAACUGGCUUUUCUGCCAGCAUGGUUGCACGGUCAAUACUCUAUUCAAACUUAAUGUGUUUAAAGCUUUUACUUCAUGUGCCAAGAACGUUUCCUACAGAUUUGUUUCUACUGAAGUUUUCACUAAUACAAGCUUCUACUUUUGAGUAAUCUAGAUUGAAAGCAGAGGUACUGUUUUCUACUGAAAUUUUUCAUUAAUGGCAAAGCUUUUCUUCACAUAAAAUAAACUUACUGUGAACUGA